AUGUCAACUCAGCCUAUCAAAGAAUUAAUUUCUUUAUUAUCUGAUUUUGCAAAAAAAAUUAGUGAUGAUCUUGUAAGUUGGAAUGGUACAAAUCUUAUGACAAUAAUUGAAUCAUUAUCUCCAUCACUUAUCGAAGAAUUUAAACAAGUAGAAUUAUCAAAUGAUACAAUUAGUCAAAUCCAAAUGAUUAUUCCAGAGAUGAAAACAGUAUACUCUCAAUUCCUAUUAACUAGCUAUCAAGAUACUGAAACUUAUAAAACUGUACACCAACAAUUAUCUUUAAUUAUUCAAAGAAUAGUUGGUAUAUUAGAUGAUAAUAUAGCUUUGAUUGAUGGCUCUUUGUCUGAACUUAAACCUGUUUCAAUGCAACAAAAAAUUAUUGAUUUGACUCUUUCAGAAUUAGAGACUUUAUAA